AUGAAUCUAACGCACGAGGCAAACAGCACAUCAGUAUUUGUCCGAGAUGUAGAACCACUAACUAUGUUAAUCUAUGUUGCUGUUCUCGUAACGGAAGUGGUUCUGAACAUCGCCGUUCUGACUGUCAUUACCCAACAGACAGAACUCCAGGAAUACAUGAUAAUCCUCUAUCGAACAUUGGCAACAUUGGAUAUGCUUCUCGGUAUCGUCUGGUGUACCUGGUCCUUCGUGUGGUUUUAUGCCCAAAGCCUUUGGAACUGUACAGUUGCCAGUAAGGUCUUUCCGUUCCUCCAAAGAUGUCUUAUCCUGAGUGCCAUGGCCUGUCUUUGCGGCAUCAGCUUUAAUCUGUAUCUCCUGAUCACAAGACCACUUCGCUACCACAUCGUUGUCACGAAGCAACGAUUCUUUCUUGUCCUAGCUUUAACGCUUAUUGUUAUCAUACUGAUCUGUUUGGUCUACUUACCAAUACCUUACUCGUCAUUUUCAGAGAUCACCAAUGCAGUGAUCGCCCGUUGCCUGAACCGCAGAGUUGGUAUUUUAACAGAUCAAACUCACGCAAUCGACGCUUUGCUCAUCGUUGUUCCAGUAUGCAUAGCCCUUGUAUUUACCCUAAUAAUUUACGGGAAACUUCUGGUAAUCGUCUACAAGAAAAGACGCGUCGAUGUCAACAUACGGUUGCGGCGGCAAGCGAGAGCCAUAUGGGUUCUGCAACGAAAAAACGCGAAUGCGGACCAUGAUAAUUUACCUCGUCGUCGUCCAAGUAAUAACGCUCUUGAGCUCAGUGGCCAAAUGGUAGAAGAACAAAACGCCGGCUUCUACAAACGAUUCAAGGGAAUCAUCACAGUUCUCCUUCUCUAUGGUUCUUUCUGUGCAGUUUGGAUUCCGUAUAUCGUUCACUUCUCGUUGGACCAGGAGCCAAGCUGGCUUGAGAUGUUCCUUGACGUGAUAGCAUUGAGCAACACUUGGACCCAACCCAUGGUGUAUCUCCUGACCAACGAAGAGGCUAGGAAAUUGUGUUGUAAAUUUCUCAAACGGUACUGCAUAUUAUAG